AUGGCUCUGCAGGAGGCGAAGCCCCAGGGCAGGAGCGAAGCUGGGCUGGCGGCGCGGGAGCCCAGGGACCGGCCCCAGGAGCAAGGGCUCUGCGGAGCGGGCGGGAUCGCCGCGCGCUGCCAGGGCGUGAGGAGCUCCGGGACCCGCGGGUCCGAGAAUGUGCUGCCGCUGCGGCUGCCGCUGCGGCCGCUGCUGCUGGGACUCUUGCUGCUGGUUGCCCUCUCCGGGCACUGCCGGGCUGACUCGGGGACAGACAAACUACAGAUACAUGUCACUCCGACCUCAGAGUCCUUUCCCCUUGGGAAAUUGUUACCAAUUUCACCAACAUGGCCUUUCUUGGAAGUCAAGUCUUCCUCAGCAGCAGACAGAAUCAAGAAUGUGCUGGGACAGCCUCCUGACAACACAACAUUGCCACAGCUAUCCCAGACACCUCUGCCCAAGGCACACCGUAGGACCAGGGCUCAUGUGGACUUCUCUUCAUCCUUUUACCAAGGAAGUGGACAUAGCGCCUCCAUGGAUCUUGUCAAGGACCCCACUGAGACUCUGGUCCAAACAAGGCCUGAAGGGGGAAGAGAAGCAGCGCACAUGUCAGUGGAAACCUCAGUGUCCUCCAAGGGAGAACUGUCAGCAACCGCAGCCGCUGCCGCCGCCACCACCACAUUGUUUCUGAGAAAAUCAAGUCCAGAGCCAUUGUCUGCAGCCCUGACUGCUAAGGGCACUGGCAGCAGCAGCAGCAGCAGCAGCAACUUAGCCAAGAGCAGUUUGACCACUGCUCUAGCUAAAAAUGUCACCAACAAGGCAGCAUCAGGCCCAAAGGUGACAGCAGGGACAAUCCACACAGCCUUCCCAUUCACACCAACCUACAUGCUUGCCCGGACAGCACACAGCAUGAGCACGCACACAGCCAUGCAAGGGACCACAGGCCCUGUGUCAGGCCUGUUGUCCACAACACACUUCCCUAAGAAGCCACAAGCCAUGCACACUGGCCUCCCUAAUCCUACCAGGCCAGACACACCCAGAGCAUCCACGUCCCGCCCACUGACAGUCACAGCUGGGCUAACAUCCAUUACAGCAUCAGUAAAGGCCACGAGACUGCCAUCUUUGCAGACAGGAAACACAGAUGCUGCUUUUCCGGCUGUGUCUACUGCAAUGGUCACAACUGGCAGAAUGGCAUCCAACUUGGACUGUCAGAUGUCCCACAAGUUCCUAGUGAAGACAGUCUUCUUCCUAACUCAGAGGAGAAUACAAAGCAGUGAGUCCUUGAAGCUUGGUGUGACCAAAGGGCUCACGCAGGCAUUGCGGAAGGCUUUCCACCAGAACGACGUCUCUGCUCACGUGGACAUUCUGGAAUAUUCUCAUAAUGUCACAGUUGGCUAUUAUGCUACCAAAGGGAGGCUGGUGUAUUUGCCGGCUGUGGUGAUGGACAUGCUGGGUGUGUAUGGAGUCAGCAAUGUCACUGCCGAUCUGAAGCAGCACACUCCCAACUUACAGUCUGUGGCGGUGCUUGCCUCUCCAUGGAAACCCCAGCCUGCAGGUGCCGUCCAGCUGAAGACAGUGCUGCAGUUUGUAAGCCAGUCAGACAACAUCCAGUCCUGCAGGUUUGCCCAGACAAUGGAGCAGAGGCUGCAGAAGGCAUUCCAGGAUGCAGAGAGGAAGGUCCUCAACACCAGGAGCAACCUGACAGUUCAGAUCGUGAGCACGUCCAACGCCUCUCAAGCCGUCACACUGGUGUAUGCGGUGGGCAAUCAGAGCUUGUUCCUCAACGGCACCGUGGCCAGCAGCCUCCUUAGCCAGCUCUCAGCUGAGCUGGUGGGAUUCUACCUCACCUACCCUCCACUCACCAUCGCUGAACCACUGGAAUAUCCCAACCUCGACACAUCAGAGACAACCAGAGACUACUGGGUUAUCACAGUGCUCCAGGGUGUGGACAACUCGCUGGUGGGCCUGCACAACCAGAGCUUUGCCCGGGUCAUGGAGCAGCGCCUGGCUCAACUGUUCAUGAUGUCCCAGCAACAGGGCCGGCGGUUUAAACGUGCUACCACCUUGGGAAGCUACACAGUGCAGAUGGUAAAGAUGCAGCGAGUGCCAGGACCAAAGGACCCAGCAGAGCUGACGUACUACACGCUGUACAACGGGAAGCCACUACUGGGGACUGCAGCAGCCAAGAUCCUGAGCACCAUCGACUCCCAGAGGAUGGCCCUGACCCUGCAUCACGUUGUCCUUCUACAAGCUGACCCCGUGGUAAAGAAUCCACCCAACAACCUGUGGAUCAUCGCUGCGGUGCUGGCUCCCAUCGCCGUGGUCACCGUCAUCAUCAUCAUCAUCACGGCUGUGCUCUGUAGGAAGAACAAGAACGACUUCAAGCCGGACACCAUGAUAAACCUGCCUCAGAGAGCAAAGCCUGUGCAAGGCUUUGACUAUGCCAAGCAGCAUCUGGGCCAGCAAGGGGCAGAUGAGGAGGUCAUCCCUGUGACUCAGGAAACGGUGGUCCUCCCCAUACCUGUCAGAGAUACUCCUCAGGAAAGAGACACGGCUCAGGACGGCAGCACUAUCAAGACGGCUAAGUCCACUGAAACCAGAAAGAGCAGGUCGCCCAGUGAGAAUGGCUCUGUCAUCAGCAACGAAUCAGGGAAGCCCAGCUCAGGGAGGCGCUCACCCCAGAAUGGAAUGACACAGCAGAAAGUGACAAAGGAGGAGUCCAGGAAGAGAAAUGUGACAGCGAGUGAUGAAGAGGAGGGAGCAGGGCUCUUUGACAGCGCUGGCAAGGCGGCAGCAGAUCCCUUUGACACGUCUUCUGGAUCCGUCCAGCUCAUCGCUAUCAAACCGUCAGCUCUGCCCGUAGUGCACCCCGCCUCCUCCGACAGGGGCCAGGAGUCCUCAGCAGCGCUCAAUGGCGAGGUGAACAAGGCUCUGAAGCAGAAAUCGGACAUUGAGCACUACAGGAACAAGCUGCGCCUGAAAGCCAAGAGGAAAGGGUAUUAUGACUUCCCCCCAGUGGAAGCAAACAAAGGCCUGACAGAGAGGAAGAUGUAUGAGAAAGCCCCAAAAGAAAUGGAGCAUGUUUUGGACCCAGACCCAGAACUGUGUGCUCCCUUUGCAGAGUCUAAAAACAGGCAACAGAUGAAGAACUCUGUCUACCGAAGCCGGCAGUCUCUGAAUAGCCCGAGUCCCGGAGAAACUGAGAUGGAUCUUCUGGUCACACGCGAGAGACCUCGUCGUGGAAUCCGGAACAGCGGAUACGACACUGAGCCUGAGAUCAUAGAAGAGACCAAUGUGGACAGAGUCCAUGAGCCACGGGGCUACAGCAGGGCACGGCAGGUGAAGGGCCACUCAGAGACCUCCACACUGAGCUCGCAGCCUUCCAUCGAUGAGGUCCGGCAGCAGAUGCACAUGCUUCUGGAGGAAGCCUUCAGCCUGGCAUCUGCUGGCCAUGCAGGCCAAAGCCGGCACCAGGAGCCCUAUGGCUCCACUCAGCACCUGCCAUACUCAGAGGUGGUGACCAGUGCUCCGGGGACCAUGACACGGCCCAGGGCUGGAGUGCAAUGGGUGCCCACCUACCGACCAGAAAUGUACCAAUACAGUCUGCCCCGGCCGGCUUACAGGUUCUCUCAGCUUCCUGAAAUGGUCAUGGGCUCUCCCCCGCCACCUGUUCCUCCCCGAACAGGCCCAGUGGCAGUGGCUUCCCUCAGGCGGUCCACCUCAGACAUCGGCAGCAAGACCCGGAUGGCAGAGUCCACGGGACCUGAGCCCACCCAGUUGCAUGACAGUGCCUCAUUUGCCCAGGUGUCCAGAGGUCCUGUGUCCGUGACGCAGUUGGAUCAAUCGGCUUUAAAUUACUCAGGUAACACGGUGCCAGCGGUGUUUGCCAUCCCAGCUGCCAACAGACCCGGCUUCACCGGCUACUUCAUCCCAACACCACCCUCAUCCUACAGGAGCCAGGCCUGGAUGUCCUAUGCAGGAGAGAACGAGCUCCCUAGCCAGUGGGCUGAUUCGGUCCCUCUUCCUGGGUACAUCGAGGCCUACCCCCGGUCACGUUAUCAACAGAGCUCCCCCUCCAGGCUCCCUCGCCAGUAUAGCCAGCCAACCAACCUUCACCCUAGCCUAGAGCAGGCCCCUGUCCCCUCUGCAGCUGCCUCACAGCAGAGCCUGACAGAAAAUGAGCCUCCAGACACUCCGUUGACUAACAUCUCCACUGCAGCCCUUGUGAAGGCUAUCCGAGAAGAAGUAGCCAAGUUGGCCAAGAAGCAGACAGACAUGUUUGAGUUCCAGGUCUGA